CUUGUUCAAGAUGCUGCUUUUUAUGGCGCUAGGCUGCAUCGGGACUAGUGUCGGAUGAUGUUGGAGGCUCAACUUCCAACACUCAACUUUUGCGACAUCACGCAUAUCCAUAACCCAUACACAUACACACAUACGCACUAUUGUUGCAUAGGCAGCCUUUCUGUCUAUUGUUGGAAAGAAUCAAGUCAAUCGUCUACGAAUUCCUCUCGUCGUUUAUCCGGCACAAUGGGCGGCGGACACCCAGAUCCCAAGCGCGGAAUCUAUAUCGGAACCUUUGGAAACUUCGGUUGCCCGACCCCUCAAAAGAUCUCGACCUACGCUCUGUCCCCCAACCGACAACGCCCCUUCGCCGGUGCUCUCUACAACGCCAUUUUCAACACAUGGAGAAGAACCCGCAACCAAGCGCUUUAUGUUAUUCCCCCGUUCGUCGCCGCGUAUGCGAUAAUUAACUGGGCUCAAGAGAGGAACGAAUAUUUGAACUCCAAGCCCGGACGAUUGGCGGAGGGUGGAGAUGAUGAGUAAAGAUGAUGAUUAUUUGUUGGAUAUAGCUUUGCAAAGCUGGUAGAGGGCCUCAGCCAGUCAUUGCGCUGUACAGUACAUAUAUUAUUAGAAAGAAAUCGACGUUUCUAAAAUUUCAUUUUCUAUAUAAAAGAUGAUAUUUUUUUUAUUUGUUUUCCAUUCCCCUCUUGUCUCCACCUUUCUCGGUAGAGUAAACGAGAGGAAUUGAAAGAAGCCUCAUCACCUCACUUGCACAUGAGAUUAACUAUCCCACAGAUUAUGGCCCAGCGGAACACAUUUUCUUUUUGAGAAGAACUAAACUGCUAAAUAGAUUUGAAUAAUAUCAUCUUAUCAAUAGCAGGACAGAGAACAUCUAUUGUUUUGAAUCUUGCUAAGUAGAUUAUCUCCUUAUUUGGCCGCGAG